AGCACAUGUUAUGUUGUUACAUGGUAUACUAACCUAACAAAAUAUCAAACGUAUCAAAUAAAACCUCACACGUAAAUGAAGGACCGAGCUUCCUGGAAGCAAAUAAUGGAUUACCCCUAGUUCCUAAUUGCAGGGAUGAAAGAAAGAAACUAAAAGCGACUCAUCUUGAAAACCAGAAGAUACGAAGCAAGUAUUUCUUUUUUAGAUAAAAAGGGGCUUCUGCAAUUCCCUCUCAUCGUCUCCUAAAAAAGCCUCUACUAUGUCCGCAAGCAUGGUGGAGCCUCUCUGAAGAGGGAUUUUAGAGAGGCCCGAUUUUAUCUUAACAUCUUUAUUGCUUUAUUUUUCAUUUAAUUGAAUUUAGUAUUUUCUAUAACCAUGGCUCAUAAUUCCAUGGAUCAAAUAAAAAAUAACGAAGUUGAUCUUGAGAAAAUCCCUAUCGAAGAAUUGUUCAAGAGCUUAAAGUGUAGCAGAGAUGGGUUGAGCGACGAGGAAGGUGCGAGAAGGCUCGAAAUAUUUGGCCCCAAUAAGCUCCAGGAGAAAAAGGAAAGCAAACUCUUCAAAUUUCUAGGGUUCAUGUGGAAUCCCCUUUCAUGGGUGAUGGAAAUUGCAGCGAUCAUGGCGAUCGUUUUGGCCAAUGGUGGUGGUCGGCCGCCGGAUUGGCCGGAUUUUGUAGGCAUCGUUGUGCUUCUUCUGAUCAACGCAACCAUCAGUUUUGUCGAGGAAAACAAUGCCGGAAACGCCGCCUCCGCCCUGAUGGCCAGCCUGGCUCCCAAGUGUAAAAUUUUGAGAAACGGGAAAUGGAGGGAGGAGGAGGCUUCUGUCUUGGUUCCCGGAGAUAUGAUAUGCGUGAAGCUGGGAGAUAUUAUUCCGGCCGACGCUCGUCUCCUUGAAGGUGACAUGUUAAAGAUCGACCAAGCUGCACUUACCGGAGAAUCGCUGCCUGUGACUAAGAACACCGGUGACGCCGUGUACUCCGGGUCCACGUGUAAGCAGGGAGAGAUAGAGGCUGUUGUCAUCGCCACCGGCGUCCGUACGUUUUUUGGCAAGGCUGCACACCUUGUCGAUAGCACUAAUCCAUCUGGUCAUUUCCAACAGGUAUUAACCGACAUCGGUAACUUUUGUAUAUGUUCGAUUGCGGUUGGAAUGGUGAUCGAGAUUAUAGUGAUAUAUCCGAUUCAACGAAGAGCAUAUAGAGACGGUAUUGAUAAUCUAUUGGUCCUUCUGAUUGGAGGGAUCCCGAUUGCCAUGCCUACAGUGUUAUCUGUAACAAUGGCAAUCGGGGCCCACCACCUUUCACAACAAGGUGCCAUCACCAAGCGAAUGACCGCCAUUGAGGAAAUGGCAGGCAUGGAUAUUCUUUGCAGCGAUAAAACAGGCACCCUCACUCUUAACAAACUAAGCGUCGACAAAAACUUAAUCGAGGUAUUUGCCAAGGAUUGUGACAAGGAUACAGUGGUAUUGUAUGGUGCUCGGGCUUCGAGGACUGAAAACCAGGACGCUAUUGAUGCGUCCAUGGUCAACAUGUUGGCUGACCCAAAAGAAGCGCGAGCGGCAAUCAAGGAGGUUCAUUUUCUUCCGUUUAAUCCCGUGGAUAAGCGUACGGCCAUCACUUAUAUUGACAAUCAUGGGGAUUGGCAUCGAUCUAGCAAGGGUGCACCGGAAGAAAUCAUCCAACUUUGUGAGCUCAAGGGCGAAUCGCUGAAGCGGGCAAAUGAUGUCAUUGAGGGGUAUGCAAACCGAGGUCUUCGAUCAUUGGGAGUUGCUCGUCAAACUGUGCCAGAGAAGUCGAAAGAGAGUACAGGUUCACCAUGGGAGUUUGUUGGAUUAUUGCCUCUUUUUGAUCCACCAAGACACGACAGUGCUGAGACUAUUCGAAAGGCUUUGGAACUUGGUGUUAAAGUUAAAAUGAUAACCGGUGAUCAACUCGCUAUUGGUAAGGAAACCGGUAGAAGACUUGGCAUGGGGUCCGACAUGUAUCCGUCUUCUUCACUUCUUGGACAAGGUGGCAACGAUGCUUCCAUUGAUGACCUCAUCGAGAAAGCCGAUGGCUUCGCCGGAGUUUUCCCCGAGCACAAAUACGAGAUUGUCAAGAGAUUACAACAAAGGAAUCACAUAUGCGGUAUGACCGGAGAUGGAGUGAAUGAUGCACCCGCACUCAAGCGAGCCGACAUCGGAAUCGCAGUGGCCGACGCCACAGACGCUGCAAGGAGCGCCUCCGAUAUAAUCCUGACCGAGCCCGGGCUUGGCGUUAUCGUGGACGCAGUAUUAACAAGUCGAGCAAUCUUCCAAAGGAUGAAAAACUACACGAUCUAUGCAGUCACCAUCACCAUCCGUAUCGUGAUGGGGUUCAUGCUCCUCACACUCAUAUGGAGGUUCGACUUCUCUCCAUUCAUGAUCCUCAUUAUCGCACUCCUUAACGAUAGCACCAUCAUGACGAUAUCAACCGAUCGGGUCAAGCCAUCGUCCGUCCCAGAUUCUUGGAAGCUUAACGAAAUCUUCGCCACUGGUAUCGUCCUCGGAUCCUAUCUCGCACUCGUAACCGUCCUCUUUUUUUGGCUCACAACAAGAACCAACUUCUUCCCGAAGCUUUUUGGUGUUCACUCGCUCAUUGGAAAUGAGGACGAAAUCACGGCGGCCGUUUACCUUCAAGUGAGCAUCAUUAGCCAAGCCCUCAUCUUUGUGACCAGGUCUCAGAGUUGGUCAUUUGUUGAGCGCCCUGGCUUCUUGCUGUUACUCGCAUUCGCUCUAGCCCAAAUAGUGGCUACAAUGCUUGCGGUAUAUUCAGACUGGGAUUUUGCGGAAAUGAAAGGAGUUGGAUGGCGAUGGGCGGGAGUAAUCUGGCUCUUCAGUAUCAUCACCUACAUCCCUCUCGAUAUCCUCAAGUUCAUCAUCCACAAAUCAUUGAAUGGAAAAUAGUCAAAUAGUCAAUAUCCAACACCGCCACAUGGCGUAAGUCAAUGGUGGUUGUGAAGGGAUUGGCCACCCGUACCCACAAAACACCGCCACAAACCACCACACUAGUACUACGCUAGGAAAAAGUCUGAGGAAGUUAUAAUAGGAAAAGAAAGGAAUUCAGCAAGAAAUGUGAAUAUUUUUUUUGUUAACUUUUGAUGUCCUAUUUGUUGUUGAAUCUGGUAGUAGGGAAGUCUUAAGGGUAGACAACUGGGAUUUUGACUGGUGUAGAUGAAGAGGAAACUACAAGUGAAGUGGGUAAUGCAUAACAGAACCAAAGAGUAUUGUAAUGUAAAUUCUGUAUCUAAUACUUUUUUGUGUUUGUAAAUACUUAUCUUCAAUCACAAUCAAUCAUUAUAUUUAUAACUAAAUUUCCAAUUCCCACCAAUCUUCAACAAAACGGACUAAUAGUAUCAUAACUUUGGUCUCCAUGAGGUGAAUUCUUGGGGUAUUACACCCUCAUCACAAGAAAUUACAGCUUGUGCCAUUAAUUUCCCGAGCCAAGCAUGAUACAAAAGACCUCGAGAUCCGAGGCCUGAAAAUAACCAGAAUUUACUCGAAUGAUUUUGAGAGAUGAAAUCAUCUACACACCCUAAAAGUGGAAGAGAUCCGUUACCUGUGAGAGGUGGCAUUGCUCUUAGACCCGCGGAUGCUCCAUGAAAAACCCAUUUUCUUAAGCUCGGAUAUACCGCAGAUGCUUUCGGUAAAAGUUCUUCCAAAGCUCUAGAAGCUUCUUCCAUCGACACUUUCUGUGAAUAGUUGCAAGAUUUCCAGUCCCAUGUGGACCCCACGUGUAAAUUUCGUGGAUUCUGGAUCGCAAGCCAUGCGUCUGAUAAAAUCGAAGGGCUAUGUUCAGGGAUUUCUUCUCUGAUGUUUUCAGGCAGAUGGAAGUGGGCAGUGACACCUCUGCAAGUCCUCAAUGGCAGCCUUCCGGAAAGUUCUGGAAGGAAAGUGGAUCUGGCGCCCAGACAUACGAUAACUGCAUCAUAUUCCCCUAAAAUGGAUCAUGUAAACAUAUUACUUAAGAGAGGAAAAUAGGAACAUACUUCAAUGUACUUUAUUUUUUAC